AUGGAGAACAUCUCGAACUUUGCAAAGUCCUUCUCCGGCGGCAACAAUAACAACAACAACCAGAUGCAAGGCCAACAGGGCUACCAACAAGGCUAUCCUCAAGACGAACGCCAACAGCAGGGCAACACCGGCAGCACCAGUGGUGGUGGUUUCUUUGGCGGCCUCGGUGACAAGUUCAACUCAGCCGCUGGAGGUGGGCGAGAGAGCGAGAAGAACGAGGAUAUGCUAGACAAGGGCAUCGACUUUGUGCAAGAGAAAUUCAUGGGUCAAGGCAAACAGGACAACGAGAGUGCAUUUGAGCAGGCCAAGGAUGAGCAAAUUAGCGAUUUCAUCCGAGGCCAGUACAAAUCUACUACUGGAUCCGAUAUGCCGAUCAAGGACAAGGAGACUCGAUUCGGCUAG